CAUUAACGAACCUCGCCUACAUGUACAUAGCAUGACAGGACCACGGAAGUAGCUAUUUGUACUUUCUGUGUUACCUGCUGUACCUGGAACUGCAUAUGUGGGCGCACUAUACCUCAAUACGCUUUGCUUGCUACGUCCCGCGCCUGCUCAUUCCAAUCCUCUCCUAAUAAAUUUGCCGUAAUACAAAAAGUGCCUCGCUCUCGUCACCUAUACUUAAUACUUAGAUCUACCCGUUCGUGAAUUGUCCUUCGUCCUUUCUUCCUUACACUCUUAACCUCGCACGAAGCUGAAGUGGUUCCAACUAUUCCUAUUCCUAUAUAACCUUGAAGCAAUAUCCUGUUCUAAAUAUCUAGACAUCAGUUUUCAUUACUCCCAACGGCCUUUUUCGUAAUUUAGUACCCCGCAGUGCCUACAACUAAAUCACCAGUUGUCACCACCACACCGUCAUCACUCCGUUGUCAUCAUGGGUGAGCAAUCCAAGUCGCCGGUGGUCGCCGAGGCCCAUCUGGUUGACACCUAUCACCCCCCGGCAAAGAUGCUUGAAAAGCAUCCUAGUAAACCUCAUCUCGAUAGUCUCGAGCAUUACCAACAGUUAUACAAAGAGUCCAUUACCGAGCCCGAGAAGUUCUUCGGCAGGACAGCUAGGGAGUUAUUAACAUGGCAGCGAGAUUUCGAGACUGUUCGUACCGGAUCCCUAAUCGGCGGAGAUGUUGCCUGGUUCGUCGAGGGUCAGCUCAACGCUUCCUACAACCUCGUCGAUCGACACGCAUUCAAGGACCCUAACAGGGUCGCGCUCAUCUACGAGGCCGACGAACCGAACGAAGGUCGGAACGUAACUUAUGGCGAGCUCCUCCGUGAGGUUAGCAGAGUCGCGCAUGUCCUUAAGAAAAUGGGUGUCAGAAAAGGCGAUACAGUCGCCAUCUACUUGCCAAUGAUUCCGGAGGCCGUCAUUGCCUUCCUUGCAGUCACACGUAUCGGCGCUGUCCACUCCGUCGUAUUUGCUGGUUUCUCGGCCGACUCCCUACGUGACCGUGUCAUCGACGCCCAAUCCAAAGUGGUGAUUACCACAGACGAAGGAAAACGAGGUGGCAAGCUGAUCGGUACCAAGAAGAUCGUCGACGAUGCGCUCAAGCAAUGCCCCGAUGUAGCUGGCGUUCUGGUCUACAAGCGCACCGGCGCUGACAUUCCCUGGACUCCGGGUCGCGAUCUGUGGUGGCACGAGGAGGUCGAGAAAUGGCCGUCAUACAUUGCCCCCGAAGUCAUGAACGCCGAGGAUCCCCUCUUCCUACUAUAUACAUCGGGUUCAACCGGCAAACCAAAGGGUGUUAUGCACACUACUGCUGGAUAUCUGCUCGGUGCCGCGCUGACUGGCAAAUAUGUAUUCGACAUCCACGACGGAGAUCGGUAUUUCUGCGGUGGAGAUGUCGGCUGGAUUACCGGCCACACAUACGUCGUCUACGCGCCUCUUCUCCUCGGUAUAUCCACUGUCGUUUUUGAGGGCACUCCGGCCUACCCAAACUUUUCGAGAUACUGGGACAUUAUCGAGAAGCACGGAGUCACCCAAUUCUAUGUAGCACCGACUGCGUUGAGACUGUUGAAGCGUGCUGGUGACGAUUACGUCAAGGCCCAUAUGUCGAAGUUGAGAGUACUCGGGUCCGUAGGCGAGCCUAUCGCGGCCGAAGUUUGGAAGUGGUACUUCGAAGUCGUUGGCAAAGAGGAGGCACAGAUUGUCGAUACCUACUGGCAAACCGAGACUGGCUCGAAUGUCAUAACUCCUCUAGCAGGAGUAACACCGACAAAACCAGGCAGCGCUUCUCUGCCCUUCUUCGGCAUAGAACCUGCCAUCAUCGACCCGAUCUCCGGCGAGGAGAUACACGGGAACGACGUUGAAGGUGUUCUGGCCUUCAAGCAGCCUUGGCCCAGCAUGGCCCGCACUGUCUGGGGUGCGCACAAGAGAUAUAUGGAUACGUACCUGAAUGUCUACAAGGGCUACUAUUUCACUGGUGAUGGAGCUGGUCGUGACCACGAGGGUUUCUACUGGAUUCGAGGACGAGUAGACGAUGUGGUCAACGUUAGUGGACACCGUCUGUCGACAGCAGAAAUCGAGGCUGCCCUGAUCGAGCACCAUUCCGUAGCCGAGGCUGCCGUUGUUGGUGUUGCUGACGAACUCACUGGGCAAGCGGUCAACGCGUUCGUAGCAAUCAAGAACGGCAAAGAGUCAUCGGAUGCGUUAAGGAAAGAAUUCAUUCUGCAGGUAAGAAAGAGUAUCGGACCGUUCGCUGCACCUAAGGCAGUUUUCAUCGUGCCCGAUUUGCCCAAGACUCGAAGUGGCAAAAUUAUGCGCCGCAUCUUGAGAAAGAUUCUAGCUGGCGAGGAAGACCAGCUUGGUGAUGUAACAACGCUUUCCGACCCCUCAAUAGUUGAGAAGAUCAUCGCCAUCGUACACGAGGCGAAGAGAAAGUGAAGCGUAUAAAGGCUUUUGCUUCUUCUUUUUUUUCGAAUUCUGAUACCAUUAUGUCUUAGAUAUGCGGGGGAGUUGGAACGUAUAAAGAUCCAAUUAUUGACACCUAUGUUUUAGCGGUUGAGUUUGUACUCCUGGUGUCGUGGCGCUGAUACGACCAUUAGUUGGAUGAUUCGGCGUUCUAGUUUCAACCAAUGUUACCUAGUUUGGGGCAUUGCAGUUGGACAGCUCCGUCAACGAAUAGCUGAAACCAGCUCUGUGUAUAGACAGCGUAUCAACACAAUAGUUGAUACUAGCUAGUUAAUUGCAUUUUUGCAAAAGUAUACUUUGCACUUUUUCACCUCAUGAGCAGUAUGUAAAAGGGGCGUUAAUUAGCUCAUUAGCCACAUUACUAUAUAAUACUAAGAUGCAU